AUGGACAACCAGGGAGAUGGCCCAGAGAUGAUCCAGCUGGACAACAACUCACGUGAGUCCUCAGAAUCGCCACGGCUGUCCCCACGCAAUCGUCAUGAGUCGGCGAACUUCCAGCGAAAGGCGCUAGAAUCGCUCAAUCUGGACGGAAAUGACUCAGCUACUACUGGUAGUAGUCCAAAGCGACAAAGAAUGUCGUCUGAUACUUCCGAUGGCUACCCAAUCGAGAAGAGCGAGCAAAUGAACCAUGAUCUCAUGGAAAACGGACUCCAGGCGAAGCCCUCGUCCAAGAAAGUCCUUGGGCCCCGGACAAGGAGAAUGCUAGAAGAGUACUACAACAAGUACCAACUUCCGAUGCCUCCAGUUUCACGGCUUCGCACUGAGUCGAUCACGGAUAAUGAACAAAAUGAGUACCAAAAGAUCAACAUUUCCUCUCGAGAAUCAACAGGAAUGUCACGCGAGUCCUUCCAAAAGAUUGCGCAUGAUAUUAUGGGGGCCAUAGAGAUGAGACAGCGUUACAUGGCAAACAGCCACCAGACUUUCCAACCAACGGCAGAUCGUCAUUUACGAAUUGCAAGAGGACGCGCCGCGAAGACCCCCACGGACGACUCAAGUUUAGACCUUGAUGUACCGUAUCAUCCGCCGCCAGAGGAUACUCACGUAGAAAGCCCAUACAUUGACCUUAAGGUCGAUCAACUACCAAAGAACUGGACUCAUACUUGGAAAAUGCGCCAUGGGAUUAUUGACAUUCGGGACGAAGACAACAACCCGCUGCGCUACAUCAUCCGUCCAGAUACUCACGAAUUUCUCGACAACCACGCACAACUACUCAAAUCCAUGUCAAACGGACAAUUACGAACUUACUGCUGGCGACGACUGCAGUUUCUCUCCCACAAAUACAACCUCCACCAUUUGCUCAACGAAACACUAGAAAUCAAAGAGAUCAAGGAGCUGCCACAUCGAGACUUCUACAACUGCAGAAAAGUCGAUAAUCAUAUUCAUGCCGCUGCGAUGAUGAAUCAAAAACAUCUUUUGCGGUUUAUCAAGAAAACGCUAAAAACCGACGCUGAUCUGGUCGUAACAAAAGAUGGAAAGAAGCUUUCUGAAGUUUUCAAUCAAAUUGGCAUCUCUGCGUACGAUCUUUCCGUUGACUUGCUCGAUUGUCACGCCGAUACAAACGUUUACCAUCGAUUUGACAAGUUCAACUCGAAAUAUAAUCCUCUUGGACAAAGCGUACUUCGCGAGCUGUACAUCAAAACAGACAACCACAUCAACGGUCGUUACUUUGCGCAAAUCGCCAAGCAAGUGGCCGAAGAUUUCGAGGACGCAAAAUACCAACACGCAGAGCCGCGUCUUUCAAUAUACGGCCGAGAAUAUGACGAGUUCUCCAAAUUGGCGAAAUGGGCGGUGUCCAACGAUGUCUUUUCCAACCAUAUUUCAUUUCACGAACAGGGUCGAUUGAACCAUCAGUCCUUCUAUGCAUUUAUCCGCGGAAAAGAACACCCCGAGCUCGCGCGUUUCCUCGAAAACGUCGUUGGUUUUGACUCCGUCGACGACGAAUCCCGCCACGAAACCUCACAGUUCACCGCCGAGACGCCGACCCCAGAUAAAUACAAUAUGCUUGAUAAUCCGGUCUAUUCAUAUUAUCUGUGGUAUAUGUACGCCAACAUAUCAGUGAUCAACCAAAUACGAAAAGAACGCGGAAUGAACACAUUUGCCCUACGCCCUCACUGCGGCGAAGCUGGUCACAUUUAUCACACGGCCACGGCGUUCCUCCUUUCGGAGAAUAUCAACCACGGCAUUAACCUACGAAAGUCGCCGGUAAUGGAAUAUUUUUACUACCUCUGUCAGAUCGGCAUCUCAAUGUCGCCAAUGUCCAACAAUCACCUAUUCCUACCCUACUCAAAGUCCCCCUUCAAAGAGUUCUUCGAGCGAGGACAGAACAUAGCCCUGUCGACAGAUGACCCACUUCAAUUUCACCUGACAAAAGAGCCGCUGAUUGAAGAGUAUUCUGUCGCCGCCCAAGUUUGGAAACUAAACUCAGUGGACAUGUCGGAAAUCGCGCGAAACUCGGUUUUGAUGUCAGGCUUCAAGGAUCAACUUAAGCAAUACUGGCUUGGUCCGCUUUACCGCCGAGAAGGAAUAGAAGGAAACGACAACCGACGAACAAACGUUCCACCAGUUCGAUGCCACUUCCGCUUCGAAACACUCGACGGCGAGCUGUCUCUUAUUUCUUCAAUUAUCAAAGAAACGAAAAAUAACAACCCAUAA